AUAUACAUAUACUAUGUCAGUUCAAGACGCCUAUAACAAAAUGUUCUCCAACUUUCAGCGAGUAAGAGAUUAUCUUGCUCCUGUUUUAAAGAACUCCAAGUUUAAAGAAACAGGCUGUAUUACACCUGAGGAAUUUGUAGCAGCUGGUGAGUUUCUAGUAUACAAGUGUCCUACCUGGCAUUGGGAAGCAGGCCUUGAUAACAAAAAGAGGGAUUAUUUACCAAGCGAUAAGCAGUUUUUAGUGACACGCAAUGUUCCAUGUAUUCGACGUGCUCGUCAAAUGGAAUACACUGAAGAUGAUUCUGAAACACAAAUCAAGGAUGAAAUUGAUGAUGGCGAAGACUGGAUGUUUACACACAGCACACGCGUUACUAAAACUAUGGAAGAGAUAGCUCAAAACAUUAUGACAGAAGAAGAAGAAGAAGCAGAGAUUAAAAAGGGUUUAGAGAAGCUAAAUGUAGAAGACAUACCUGACCUUGACGACAUGCCUGACAUAGACGAUAUCCCUGACAUGGAUGAUCAAGUGCAAGAAGAAGAAGAUCCUUCUGUCGUACCUAGAGACUCAAAUGAUAAGGUCUUGCAAGUGCGUACAUACGAUGUCUUUAUCACCUAUGACAAGUAUUAUCAAACACCGCGUAUAUGGCUUUUUGGCUAUGAUGAAGAACGUCGUCCCUUGACUUCCGCUCAAGUGUUUGAAGAUGUGUCGCCUGACUAUGUCAAAAAGACAGUGACUAUUGAAACACAUCCUCAUCUUUCUCUAAGUUUGGCUUCUAUUCAUCCUUGUAAACAUGCUGAAGUCAUGAAGAAGAUCAUUGAGAGGAUGGGUGAUGGUCAGCCUGCUGGUGUUGAUGAAGAAGGUGGUAUUCGUGUAGAUCAGUAUCUGGUUAUCUUUUUGAAGUUUAUGAGUUCUGUUAUUCCUACUAUUGACUAUGAUCAUACCAUCAGUGCAUAGACUUUUGAAUAAAUAGAAGUUGCUUACAGUCAUGAAAGAAUACUUGAUAUAAAAUAG